AUGGCCAGAACAGGAGAAGAGGAAGUAGUACCUCCUCCUCCCCCUCUAGAUCUGCGGCAACCCAUGGAAGAGGCAGCGACGGGCAAGCUGCGUAGAUCUGACCAUUACCACCGCGUCACUGAUACGCCCAGCUUGCCGCCGCCAUUCCGGAUGGAGGACCUUCCUAUCGAGAUUCAACCUGUUAUAAUGUCACUGCUACCACUUAAAGAGGCUGUGAGGGCCAGCAUUGUUUCAAAAGGUUGGAGAAUGCUCUGGAGAUUCCAUAGUAACCUAUGUUUUGACAGCCGCAAUGAUAUGGAUUCUGACACAGAUGAUGAGUUUACUCAUCGGGAUAGUACCAAAAUAAAACAAGCAAAGUUCAUUGAGACUGUAAAUUGUGUUAUUCAACAUCAUAGUGGGCUAGGAAUCAAUAAGUUCAGCAUUAGGUGUGGCCUGCACAAAGAGGACUCUGAACAUCUUAACAGAUGGGUUAGCUUUGCUGCUUCAUCAAAGGCAAAGAUAAUAGAUUUUAAUCUGAAGAUAAUUGAUUGCCCGUUCGACAUAGUUCAUCACUUUCCUCUUGAGGUCUUAGAUGCUCAAGGUAGCUCAUUUGUGCAGUCAUUGUUUCUUGUUGAAGUUGCUAUAAGCCCACACUCGGGCAUACGUGGCUUCAUAGUACUCAGAAGACUUGUUCUAAAAUAUGUUGAGAUAUUUGGAGACUUCCCAGGCUUUUUAGCAAAUUUGCUAGCACUCGAGGACCUAGAGAUGAUCAAGUGCUCCGGUGUAACAACUUUGAGCAUACCACGCCAAGUUGAUAAGCUCAAGCAUUUGCUAGUUGAUAUAAUGGAUGUUGAGAUGGUUGAGUUUCAUGCUGGUGAUCUAACUCAUUUUGAGUACCAAGGGCCAGUGAUCCCUAUAGUGCAUCAUGGUUGCUCAAAAUUAGAGAAGGCAACAAUAAUGUUUGAAGGUAGUAAAGGACUGAGCCAUGUGUUCAAUGAUGUUCCAAUCAUUUUGGGAGUGAAUACACUAAGUGUGCAAGCUCAUGUACUUGCAUAUGAACAGUUGGAGAAGGUGGCACCAAGACCACAUGGCAUGUUUAUGCAUUCGCGGCACAUGACUUGCGGAUUAACUAUCAUCUCUAGCGUACCAAAGGCUGACAAUGGAGUUCUUCAGCUUGCUUGUUGUCUAAAUCUCACACCACAACUGGAGACGUUGCACUUGGAUAUGACGUAUUCACACUGUAAUGUUUCGGUGCCUGAUGAUUUCGUGGAGGAGGAAGGUCCCCACAUGCAUCGCCAUGAUCAUCUCAGGAGUGUCGGCAUCAGCGGGUUCCGAUGUUACACGGCUCAGACGGCACUUGCGUAUUGUCUCCUGGAAAAUGCUUGUGUUCUUGAGCACAUGAGAUUACAACCCUGGAUCGUGACCUGGAUAUGCCCUAAUCCUGGCAUGGAGAAUAUCGGCGUCGAAGGAAGAUUUCUGCUGGGGGUUCGUGAAUGGGCACGACUCACCUCUGAGCACUUCGGUAAGGCGAUCACCGUCUUAGAUGCCCCUUCAGAGUGA